GGAGACGGCGCAGUAGAUUCCAUGAUCAGACAAACGCACACGCAGUGGCUGCUUUAGCUAUAUUCGCUGUUCGAGUGGAAAGAAAAACACUUUACGAGAGGAUCGACGAUUUAGCAAGGGGGCAGUUUAAUAACUGCGGCAGCGUCGGCUGGUGACAGAUCUUUUCAGCAGAGGUGAAGCGGGAAGCUGUUUGGAAGAUGGGCUCAAUCCCGGCUGUGUCUAUUUUGAUUUUGGGUAUGGUUGUCCCUAGCCUGGCUGGAUAUAUGGAGGCACUGGCAGCUAAUCAAGGGACCGGCUUUGCAGUGGCAGAGCCUCAGGUGGCCAUGUAUUGUGGGAAACUCAACAUGCAUGUCAACAUCCAGACAGGCCAAUGGGAGCCGGACCCUUCUGGAACCAAGAGCUGCAUUAGAAAGAAGGAGGGUGUGCUGGAAUACUGCCAGGAGAUGUACCCUAAACUGGAAAUCACAAAUGUUCUGGAAGCCAACCAACCAGUCAAGAUUGAGAACUGGUGCAGGAAAGGAAAGAAACAGUGCAAGCCUCAAGCCCACACUGUGGUCCCAUACAAAUGCUUGGUUGGAGAGUUUGUGAGUCAUGUGCUACUUGUCCCAGCAAAGUGUCAUUUCUUCCAUAAGGAGCGCAUGGACAAAUGUCUCGGUCAUCAGCAGUGGGAAGGAGAAGCAAAGGAGGCUUGCUUAAAGGCGAACAUGGUGCUGCACAGCUACGGCAUGCUGCUUCCCUGUGGUGUCGAUAAGUUCUAUGGCACUGAAUAUGUUUGUUGCCUGUCUGCUCCUGCUCAGGAGCCAACUCCAACUGUCGUUGCCUCUCAGGAGGAGGAGGAGGAGGAGGAUGAUGAUGGUGAUGAAGAUGAUGCCGUUGAUGAUGGCAUUGAAGUGCAGGAUGAGGAUGACGAAGAAGAGGAUGAGGAUCUGCAGGAUGCAGUAGUAGAGGAGAGUGAGCCAGAAAUGGAUGAACAGCCAACCCAAAAGGAAGCUGAAGCUGAGUUGUUUGAUUAUGAAGGAGAAGACGACAAUGACCAAUACCACUAUGUGUAUGAAGAUGAAGAUGAGGACAGAGACAGUGAAGAGAAAGAAAGGAAGAAAGAGAAGGUCACUGUUGAGAGCCAGGACAAUGACAUGUCUUUCCAGGAGAUUAAAGCUGUGUGUUCCCUGGAGGCAGAGACAGGCCCAUGCCGUGCCUCUAUGCCCCGCUGGCAUUUUGAUAUGCGCCAUAGGAAGUGUGUGCGUUUCAUCUACGGAGGCUGUGCUGGCAACCGCAACAACUUUGAGUCUGAGGAAUACUGCAUGGCUGUAUGCAAAAGCCUGACUCUGCCCUCCACUCCACAGCCCAUGGAUAAUGUGGAUGUGUACUUUGAGACUCCAGCUGAUGAUCAGGAACACAGCCGCUUCCAGAAGGCCAAGGAACAGCUUGAGAUUAGACACCGCAAUCGCAUGGAGAGGGUGAGGAAGGAAUGGGAAGAGGCUGAGCGUCAGGCCAAGAAUCUGCCCAAAUUAGACAGACAGACCUUGAUCCAGCAUUUCCAGACUAUGGUGGAGUCCCUAGAAGAGGAGGCAGCCAGUGAGAAGCAGCAGCUGGUGGAGACUCACUUGGCUCGGGUUGAGGCCAUGCUGAAUGACCGGCGUCGUUUUGCCCUAGAGAACUACCUUGCUGCUCUGCAAGCUGAUCCACCCAGGCCACAUCGUAUACUUCAGGCCCUUAGGAGGUAUGUUCGUGCAGAGAAUAAGGACCGACAGCACACGAUUCGUCACUAUCAGCAUGUGCUUUCCGUUGACCCUGAGAAGGCAACCCAGAUGAAGUCCCAGGUGGUGACCCACCUGCGUGUGAUUGAGGAGAGGAUGAAUCAGAGUCUGUCUCUGCUCUAUAAGGUGCCCUAUGUGGCAGACGAGAUCCAGGAUGAGAUUGAUGAUCUUCAGGAGCAGAAGGCAGACAUAGAUCAAUUCCUGUCCUCAGAGUCACAGCCUGAUGUCACUGUCUCUUCUGAGGAAAGUGUAGAGGUCCCGUCUUUUGAGGGCAAACCCUUCCGCCCAUUCCAGGUCAACUCCCUGGGGUCACAGUCUGAACCUGAGGGCGAUCUCUCUGAUCCCCCACGUGCCUUCAAGAAAGGCUCUGGAAUGAUGAAUGGUCUGGAUGGUCUGAUUGGAGCAGAGGAGAGAGUUAUCAACAGCAAGAACAAGAUCGACAAUGAUGUGAUUGAUGAUUCUAUGGAUGUUAAGGAAGUGGUUUACAGUGCUGAGAAAGUCAGCAUUUUGAAUGUUGAUCCUCUGUUCAGUCACAGAGGGAACCAGGAGAUAUUUCGCCCCCUGGGGGGGGAAUUUAGCUUUGGGAAUGGUACUCUGAUUGGCUUGCUGGUGAUUGCCAUUGCUAUAGCAACUGUGAUUGUGAUCAGUCUGGUCCUGCUAAGAAAGAGGCAGUAUGGCACCAUCAGUCAUGGCAUUGUGGAGGUUGAUCCUAUGUUGAGUCCUGAGGAGCGUCACCUGAGCAAGAUGCAGAACCAUGGCUAUGAAAACCCCACCUACAAAUACUUGGAGCAGAUGCAUAUCUAAUCUGGACCAUCAGGGGGUGAUAUGGGGCCACAGAAUGGUGAACAUACUACUGACCAAUAAUAUAAUUGCGCUCUUAGAAUCAGAAUUGCAUAUCGAAUUCAUUAAGAAUCAAAACCAAGUUAUUUAACACUGCUACUAGUUCUAUUAUUGCAACUGCUGUAUCAUGGAGCUCUGUUUAUAAUCUUAAACUGAAUCUUUUAAAUGGUAAUGUAUUGAAUUUUUAAAUCUAAUUAUGAAUCCUCUGAUAAAUCUGAUUAUGAAAACCUUUUGGUUUUUAUUUCAGUAGCUUGCUUGUACAUGCAGGUUAUUUGUACCAACUUAAAUGUAUAGUAAAUCAAAAUGAGAAAGUAUGAUGAGUGAAAUUAUUUCUUUUACUUUAUGUACUUUAUUAUUAUAACGAAAUUCUAUAUGAGUAUAAAACAGGUGUUCCAUUUCCUCAUUGUUAUUUCCUGAACAUUGUCGUGUAGGGAAAGGUUUGGUUAGUUAAAAUGUCUGUUGCUGUUGCCUGUACAACUCGUCAUAAGCCUGUUGAACUGGUGUGUGGAUUAAGUGAUGAGAAGGUCAACAGCCCAGGCAUCCUUGCUUUGUUUCAAGGGAAGUUUCAGAAGGCAUAUUUUUGUCACCACAUUUGGUCAAAAUUGUAUACUUUUAAGAUUGUGGGUGUUGGUUAUAUUGAGGCAGAGUAGAUUCAAGGGUAAAAGACUCCAGUCUCCCAUGUCUAGUGAACUGUGAUUUUAAUGUCAUUUGUCACAUAUGCACAUGCAUGUGACACUUCAAACAUUCUAACUGUCUAGUUGAGAAACUGAGUGCUUAACUGAGCACAAUUUGGCUCUCAAGAACAUUUUACUGAUUGCAUCUAUUGAUGAUAUUUUUUCCCCCAAAAGAUCUGAUUUUUGAAACUCCAUGCAGCAUUUGGAUCUUUCAUAAAUCUGGUGAAAUUCUAUAAGACAGAAAAGUUUUAAAAUUUUGCUCUUUUUUUUAUUUAUCAUUAUUUUUAAAGUUCAUAAUUGUUUCUAUUUCUUUCUUCUUCCUGUGGCUGUCACUAUGCACCCAAAUGGCUUGAUGUUGAACCCUGUAAUUGCCUGCUUGAUUGUGGGAAGGGUAAGGGGACACUAAUAUAAGAUGGAUAUAUUGGUAGAUAAUGUACUUGAUUCCUUUGAAAAAAAAACUUUGUGGUUGCAAGCAGGAAACAUCAAUAAAAUCACUUCUUCCAUAGUA